AUGAAAGGCAUCGCUGAUCUCGUGGAAUCUGCUAUGGAGGAGUCGACCGACUUCAUCGACGAGAAUUCGAUCCUCUCCUCCGCAUCAGACGCGACGGCGGCGAGCACAGCCAAAUCCGCGCCGGCAAAGAGAGGCAAGAAACGGCAUCGCGUCACCAUGCCUUCGAAACCGAAAUCGAAAGUUCAAAAGUCUGCGCCCGCGCCCGCGGCCGGCCCCGGCAGGAAGACUGCGACAAAACGGAUGCCCGCGACAAAGCGCAAAGCUCUUGAGGACCACUUGGAGAACACGGACGUCAAUGGAAACCAAGACUUGGAGGCCUCUGAGGUCGUGCAAGAGGUAUCUGCUCUGAAGCCGAAGAAACCAUCCCGCGCGAAGGCAAAGCCGAAUGCGACCAAGGAAACAGCAGGGACUAACGAAAUGGCUGAAGACAUAAUGGAGACUGAGGGAUCGCCUGUCAUUGUACGCUCGAAACACGCUGCAAGUCGGAACACGCAGGAUGCUCCCAAAGUUAGAGUUACAAACAGGACGAAGGCUGCACCGAAAGCGAAAGCCGUCCAGCAGGCCAGCUCGGCAGAUCCCGAAAUGCAGGAUGAUGAAGUUGAGGAGAUCGAGGAAGACCCCAAAUCAGUGGUGACGGUAGCCAUACCGAAACGGAGGACAGCCAUGCGAGAGGCGUCCAGGACAAGACAAGAAUCAGGGUAUAGGCGACGGGCAGAAAGCGCAUCUGACGCCGAGCGAGGAGAUCCUAACCUUCGCCGCAAAUUGGGGGACAUUACGCGGAAACUCGAGAAUGUCGACCUGAAGUACCGAAACCUCAAGGACGUUGGCAUCAACGAAGCCAAUGCAAACAUGGAGAAAGUCCGCAAGCAAUGUGAUGCCGCAAUGCAGGCGUCCAAUGAGUUGAUCGCAUCAUUGAGAAAAGAGCUGGCUAUGCAGGCCCCUCUGGCCCAGGAAGCUCGACAACUCAAGAAGCAGUUCCAAACCCAGGAAGAAGAAAUGGCCACAAUGCGCCAAACCUUGUCGGGCCUGGAGAAUUCUCUCAGCGCCGCACAAAAUGAGAAUAAGGCACUGCAGGCGAAACUAGCAGCGGCCCGGGCACCUUCAGUCGACAAUGCGAAAGUCAAGACGCCAGGAAGCGCCAUCAAGGCCGCAGGCCAUCGACCACUCAUGAUUGCAAGUGCAGAAGCUGCUCAAGCUGCUCAAGCUGCCCAGACGGCUCAGAUGAAGGAAGACCUGUACAGCGACCUGACGGGCCUCAUUAUUCGCAGUGUGAAGAGAACAGAGGAGGGUGAUACUUAUGACUGCAUUCAGACGGGCCGGAACGGCACGUUGCAUUUCAAGUUGUAUGUCGAUCAAGAGGACGCGAGAACAGCCAGCUUCGAAGAGACCGAGUUUCUCUAUACGCCUCUUCUGGAUGCCAACCAGGACCGCGCGAUGAUCGACCUGAUGCCGAGUUAUCUCACCGAGGACAUCACAUUUGCCAGACAGAACGCCGCCAAGUUCUAUGGCAGGGUCGUGGAUACCUUGACCAAAAGACGAACCGAGGAAUGA